AGCUGAUAGUUAUGAAUGGUGAUAAGGAGGAAUAUCAGGAUGGAAUUAAGGAAGGCAGAGUGGAACAGCAUGUAUGCAGUUGGCAGUCAGUUGAUCAAACACUUGGCCUGAAUUUCUGUGCUGAUUACCAGUUUCCAGCCUGUCAGCUUAACAGUAGCAGUCAGUGUAUCAUUAAUGGCCCUGCCAAGCUUACUGCUAACCUACAAAAAGCUGAUCCCACUGCAAAGAAGUACUUGCUUGAGUACAAAUGGGAUACUACUAAAGAGAAUGUGACUGUUAUAAGCCUUGUAUUUGAUACACCUGACUCCAAAUUAAAACGAGAAUUGAGUGCAAGGCUACAUCUCGAUAUGAACAGUCAGAACCUGACUCUUCUUCUGCAGUCAAACACCAGCAGAUUUCAAGCUCAUGGAAAAUACAAGAACACUGAAAAAGAGAAAUACAUCCAGUUUGGUCUGAAUAUAGAUGGUAAAAAACAUUUUGAUGCAGAACUUGGAUUAAAAAUAAAAGAUGUAAAAUAUGGCCACAUUUAUCAUCCCAAGUUGUACCUUGCAAUUAACAAUGAAAGGAUUGCAGAGCUUUCAGGGAACUUGAAGUGGAUUGAAAAGAAAGGUGUUUCACAAUGCGAUGUGAAUUUAGAAUUUAGCACAAAGAAAGUAUUAAUGAAAUUGUUUGGUUAUGUUCGAAAGAGUGAAGCAUCAGUGUCUACAAACUUGAAACUUGAUUACAAAUUUCCAAAAGAAAAAACAGAAAGUGUUAAAAUAGAAGCGGAACUGAGCAAUCGAACUGUUAAUUCUCUGCUUCAGGUUAAAGGGAAUUUAAAAUUGGAAUCAUCAGCAUAUCCCCAGUUUAAUUUCACUUCUUCUUUUAUAUUAUUUAAAUCUCAAGGCCAUGUUGAAUGUACAGUGGAGAUUAAUGCUGGGCCACAGUCACAAAAUGAGAACAAUAAACUCACCAUUCAGCUGGUGUUUAAAUACCACAAGAACCUAGAAGGCUGCAAAUUGAACACCUUUCUCAGUAUUACUAAACCAUUAAGUGAAAUUAACAUUAUGUUGAGUUUCUUAUACCAUUUGAUUGGUACCACCCAUAAAGCUGAAGCUAAGAUUCAGUAUGCCACAGGUAAAGAAGUUGUAAUCUCUGUGGAUUUGAUUAUUCCGCGUGGCAGCCUGAUAUACGUUGAUGCUAAGCUGAAUGUUACACUACCUUCAUUUAAUCCCAUGCUGCUGAAAUUGAAGAUACAUGAAAAAAAUCCCAAAGAAUAUGACAUUGAAGUGGCAGGAAUGUGGUUCAGCGGACAUACUUUUACUGCCAAAGGCUUGUACCAGGACAGAACAACAACAAAAGCUAUAAUUCAUAACUUGAAACUGCUGAUCAAGUCACCAAGCUUUAACGAAAUUGGAGUACUGUGCAAAAUUCUGAAUGAUGACAAGGAAUUUAAAAUAGAUUUUCAGGCAGACCACAAUCAAGACAAUUACUCACUACUUUUGAAGCAUACUUCACUUUCUUCAACAGAGUUCAAGACAUAUAUUGAUUUGCGCUACAAAAAGAGAAUAUACACUCUGACUGCAGCUGUUAAUCUUCUGAACCACAAGCAAGUGCUGUUAGAGUUGCAUCUUGACCAACACCGAGAUAUCCAUAUAGCUUUGAAAGGAAUGAAUCAUGAAGGUAGAAGGGAAGCGGCAAUUGAAAUAAAAUGGGAUGCGAACCGAGAUCCUGGUCAGAAAUUUGCUGCAGCUGUUGAAUUUGUCAAUCCAGAACGAUUCAAUUACAGUGGUAGUUUCCUAAUAUCUUAUCCUGGUCGAGCUGUAAAAGGGAACUUUCAUCUUGCUAUUAAAGGUACCACUUACAAAUCGUCAGCCCACUUGGAAUGGAGCCCAAAGGAUGCUAUUGACGUGACCCUCAUUUCUAUGUAUAAAUACACAGACAAUUUGCUGGUGAGGAUGAAUUGUGAACUCUUGACACCUUUUGAGAACUGGAGGAGGACAUCUGUUGCAGGAGGCAUUCGGCAUGAAGGCAACUUAUUCAUAGCUAAUGGGAGCGUGUACUGGCAGGAUGAUCAGAACAUUGCAUUGAAUUUCUACAGUGACUACUUAAUUUCUGAAACUAACUUGCUCUGUGAACUCAGUGCUUCCAUAAUAAGCACCAUUCCACAAGUGUCAUCAAUGUCUGGAAGUUUCUAUCACAAACAAACCAACAAAAGAUAUGAUACAAACAUGCACGUCCAGUAUUAUCCACAACAGAUAAUAACUCUUAAAAGCACAUGGGAAUAUGAACAAGGUCCAGAAUCUACUAACCUUACAGGAAUAGUUUCUCUGGUUUCACCAUUUGAUGGAUAUCGUAAAGGAUCUUUACUUUGUAGAGUACAUAUGAGUAAUGAGUGGGACAUCACAGGAGCUGCUGAUAUGAACCUUGAUACAAGGAAAUACACACUGAUACUGGAAGGACAUUUGAAGAAGUUAAGCAAUAGCAUUCUUGUAUUCAACAUAACUACACCAUUUCACAAGUAUGGAACAAUCACUGGACGGUUUGGCUAUUCAGAAGAACAAAAGCACCUUGUAGCUGAAGUCAAGGGGCCUUCUGGUGGUAUAGGAAUUGAGAUUCUAUUCAACAUUCUGAGCUUUAGUGAUUUUGAUGUGAAGUUUAGCUUGGAAACACCAAUGGAAUUCUUGACAAAAGCAUUAGUGAUUGGAAAAUUAAAAAAUGAUAUGAUUGAUUUCCGGUGUGGGUGGAAUGCAUUCAUCCUUGGAUUUUCAGGAGUCUGGCACUAUGUGAGCAUCAAAGACUUUGAGUACAAUUAUCGAAUUUACACACCGCUGGAAGGAUUUGAAGAGAAUGGAAUUUUAGCCAAAUUAAUAUACAAAGAUGGGCUUGAUUUUGCCGUUGGUAUUGUACUUUCAGAUGUGAAGCUUGGCUUGAAGAUUUAUGGUGCACCAAAACCCCCCCUCUUUAAAGACUUAAACUUGGAAAGUACCAAACAAGAGCAAGCAGAAAAGGACCCAGAUUAUGAUUAUGAAGAGGGUGAUAGUGAAGAUGAAGCUGAAGAUGCGCUAAGCUGGAUGGGUAUUAUUGAACUUGACACUGUCCUGUACCCAACAAUGAAGGGAACAUUAGACAUUGAUGAAAGAGGAACUGUCUAUAAUAUUGUUGCAUCUUUGGCACUUCCUGAUGGGGUUGCAGAAAUCCGGGAUGAAUUUGAUUUUGUUGAUGUUUUUACAAUGUCAAAUCGACUCCACCUUACAACUCCAUGUGACUGUUUCAAAGAACUGAUAUCCAAUUAUAACUUUCAAGUGGUUCUGGGUGAACAUUAUGGAAUGUCUCUUGACUUUAAAGGCAAGAUGAAAGAUGAGUGGAAAAAUGCUGGCUUCUUAUUAAACUAUACCUAUGAAAGUGAAGAAGAUCAAGAAAUUGAUAUUCAUACCACCAAACUCAAAAUAUUCAGUCCAUUCGAUGUCUUAAGACUCUUGGAUAUAACUGCUUUUGUAGAAAUGCAUGAUAAAUUGUAUCAUGCCAAUUUCACUUUGCUGACUAACGAGAGCCAUUUUACAGUUGGAGGAGAUAUGGAGCUCAAGGAUGGCUACAUAGAUGCAUCUGUGGGUCUCAGCAUGGUCUCACCUGUUUACAACAUAUCAGCUUUUCGAAUAUCCGCAAAAAAGGAUUUCUCUACUGAGGACAAGAAAAUAGAAUUUGAGCUUGAUAGAUUAAAUACUGCGCUGAAAAAUUUUAAGUUUGAAGGUUCCUGGCAUAUUGAAGGGGAUACUUUCAUCAAGUUGGAAGGAAAGCUAGAAACACCUUAUGAUAAGCUCUCUGCUAUUGAGGGAUCAGUGAUAUUUACACAGAACCCGACUGAUUCAACUGCAUCUUUUGAUUUUCAACUGUCAUAUGCACCAGGUCAACAUAUGAAGGUUUAUUUGCUACUGGAAGGAAAUGUUCUUACAGUUGAUAUGGAUUUACCCAUUGAAGGCUUCAGUAAAGCACAGCUGAAUGGAACACUGACCUCCACUGGUGCAGGGGAGAAAACAUUGCAAGCAGUACUUCAGUCUGGAGGAAAAUCACAUGAUGUAAAUGGUAGUGUCAAAGCAACGCCUCAAGUUCCAAUAAUGGUAAAUGUGAAAAUUGUUACACCUCAUAAAAGUGGAAAUGAAAUUAGUGUAUUUUUGCACAUCCAAGAAAUAGAGCAUAGGUUUGAAAUCACUUCUGCAUUUACAAAUGGGAGAAACAGGCUUGCUGUAGAGGGUAAAUUUGAUGUGCAACCAAAUAACUGGAAAAUUAAUAUGAAGGCUGAGGGUUCUCAUCCCACAUACAGUUCACUUGCUGUAAGUGGGAGCUUUUUGAAACAGAGUAAUGGAAAUGUGAGUCUGGAAGCAUACGCAGACACGUCUGUGCAAGGAUAUGAGAGGCUAAUGGUUAGAGGUCAUUACUUGAUAACUGCUAAGACUGGUAUAGUGAAUGCUGUAUUUGAUAUCACACAAGCUAAAGGGAAGUUUGACACAGAAUGGACAUGGAUUUUUAUGGAAAACAUGGCAGCCAAAAUAAUUGGAUCAUAUGAAACAAGGAAUAUGUCACGAUACCUCAUUUCAGAGGUGUAUUAUAGAAAUCCAAAGAAAGCGUUUAAACAGUUUUCUGUUGGGAUGGAUAUUAAUGUUAACAGAAACACCUGGCAAUUUGGCACGAAUGUGAGUCUUGCAAUUCCAACUGCAAGUAAUGUUACAGCAACUCUGAACCUGAAACUACCUCCACCACAGAAUGAAAUUCAUACAAUUUUUAGCAAAUUACAGUACACGAAGGAUUACAAGUAUGUGCAAGAAGUUCUCAAAUAUUCCACGUUUCAUUCAAAGAAAUUGUAUGCAACAUUUGGAGAGUUCAAUGCAAUGUCAGAUAAAAUUGAUGGAAAUCUGACUUUUAAAUGGGGAAACAUCAACUAUAAAUCAAUUUCUAAUAUCAUAAAAGUGAACCGUGGAGGAAAAUUAAUUGAUCUGACCUACAUUUUGAACACACCAAAAUAUAAUGAAUCUACUUUGGUAGCAAAAAUGUUUUAUGAUAUGGAUGAGGUUUAUCACAAAAUAAAGGGUGCACUGUUUUGUCCUGAAAGCCAUUUCAUCACUGGAGGUAACAUAGAUUAUAAUAGUUUUGCCAACAUGCAUGGCAAGAUCAACACAACCACACCAUUUUCCACAUUGUCAUAUGUUGGACUCAUCUUCAAAGCUACAACACAUGUGUUACAUCAUCAACGAUUUUUAGAAGCCUUCUGGCCAAACAACACUGCACUGUUUGAUUCCAAGUAUACUUAUGAAAGUAAAACUUACAACACUCGCAUAAAUGGUUCUGUUCGUGUUGAAAUACCACUACAAACAAGACACACAGGAAACCUCGUAUAUGGAUACAAGGAAGGACCACUUCAUACAACAGGUUACUCUUUCAUUGAGUACAACAACAGGAAGUUUUUAGAAGGCCGUUAUAAUUGUACAUCACACUCAUCUGCAGGAUUUGAUAAAGAUGUGAUAAAUAUGGAAAUUGAUAAUGCGUACACUCCACUGGGUAUUCUGUAUAUCCAUCAGUUUCAGUAUAGUGGAGGAUCAGAUGGCUUGAAUUUACCAACAACUGACUUGAAGAAAGCUGAGAUUUUCAAGCUGUAUAAUAAAAGUGAAUUCCACUUGACUGGUGAAAUACUGGUUCAUUCAACACUCACUGGACAAGAAAUUACGCUGACAGCAAUUCAUACAAAUAGAACUGUUAGACUCAAGACAGACUACGAUUUCUUGGACCAUGAAUUCAAACAGAAGACUGUUAUACACCUGGAUCCACAAUCCUGGGCAAGUUAUGAUCUCACUAUAGUCAACAAAACCACAAAUGAUAAAGAAGAAGAACAUAUGGAGUUGAAUUUUGCAUAUCCAAAGAGAAAUUUCACCACCUUUGGUUAUUAUCAGAGGUCAAAUAACUCACUUUCCUCAGAAAUCACAUUUAUUUGGGACAAGCAAGCUAGGAAGAAAACAGUUGGUGCAUCCUUUGACUGGAAGAGAUUGAGCAUAUACCCCAGCAAGCAUCAUGCUGUUGUUAGCAUCAAACAUCCAUCUUUCAUAAGGGAUGUGACACUUAAUGGCCAGUAUUCUGCUGAUGAAAAGGAUCUGGUAGAUGUGAUGGCUGACCUGGAAUACUCAACGGACAUCAACAAAAAGCUAUCCUUGUCUGGGAAAGUGCAAAAUAAUUCACAGGGGCAUGUGAAACAUUACAACUUGGAAAUACUGGGAUCACAUCCUGCUACUAGACUGGAUUUGAAAGUUCAAGGACAAGUGAAGUUAGAUGGAAAAAUCUUUGGAACAAACAAUGCAGCACGCUACAAGAGAUCAUACCUACCAUUACAGACAGGAACCCUAAAAGGAAGAAUAAACAGUAUUAUAAAAGAAGUUGAAUUCGAGAAGAAGACACAGAGAGAUCUAACUUAUCUGAAAGGAAAGUACACAGGCAAAAGUCCUCUGUAUGUUGUAAAUGGCACAGUUAUAAAUGGAAGGGACCUCAAUGCCACAGCUGAAUUCUUUAUUAAUUUGGAUGAGAAGUUGUUGCAAGGAAAUGUCAACUACACACCAGAUGCUGCAGAGAGUUUCAAUAUGUAUGGAAUAGUCCCAGAUGUUCGAAAUGUCAUCUUCAAUGUUUGGAGAGAUUAUGAAGAAAUUCGUAUUUCAGAUAUGUCCUUUUAUCUACGUUUGAAUCAUUCUCGUCUUGUUACUUCAAAAUUAAAAUGGCGCCCUGAAAUUAAAACCGAGAUAACGACUGGAAUUCAUGACACUGUUGAUUCAGUGUGGAAUUUUAUUAUUGACUCUAUAGAUUACUGGAGGCAGUACAUUAAGUCUGAAACCACAGAAGCUGUAAGUGACGUCUGGCUGGAUUCAAAACCAAUUGUACAAAAAUUCCUGGAUGAUAUCAGUGAACUGAAGAAUUUAACAGAAGAUUUUGAAGAGUUUAAGAACUACUUAAACAAAUCCUACAAUGCAAAUGAAUUUUACAUCCGAGAUAUUGUUGGCAUUACAAUGUAUAUCAUUGAUGAAUUAUCACUCAGGGGUCAUUUUGAAUCAUUGCCUGAAAUUCUAAAUGAAAUGUGGGAGGUGAUGGGAGAUUCAGGAGAGGCAAUUAGAAAGUCAUUACUCUGGAUUAUUGAAUCUAUCAAAGCAUCAUACAAGAAGGCUGUAGAGUUUAUAAAUGGAAUCUUUAAAGGUAACUCAACAGCACAAAUAACCGCACUGCUUGAGAAGUUAGUCGAGAAGUAUGACAGAUUUAUGAAGGACCUACAUGUUGCAUUUAUUAAACAAGUGGAGAAUUUAUGGAAUAAACUGUCCACAUUCUUGUUAUACCAUUGGCACAAUUUCUUACAAACAAUUGAACCUACAUUUAUUAAGUUUCUUCAUUACUUGGAAAGUGCGCUCUGGAGGGCAAGCAAAGAAAUCUUAGAUUUCCUGUAUGAGAGAAAAAAUGAUGUUUUGGAAUCACCAUAUUUCUCAAAGAUAUAUGACUUUGGGCAGGAUUUAGAUAAAAUAUACAAAGAUAUUAUGAAGAAUGAUAUUUUAACCAAUAUCAAGAAAUACUCCAAAAUACUAUAUGACUUUAUAAGAGAAAAAUAUUUCACCAUAGUGCCAUUUGGAAAGGAACUUCACCAGAUUGCCAAUGAGCUGAUUGAAGAAUUUAAAGUAUUGAGCAAACUUCCCUCUAUAAAUUAUGCAAUCCAGAAAGCAAAAGAACUGUAUUCUAAGGUGAUUUGGGUGUACGAAUCAUUAGAUCUUGGAACAAGGAUGCAAAUGGCAAUAAGAAUGAUUCACAAAAAGGUGACUGAUAUAACACAGACUGCCCUUCAAGUUGAAAACAAGUAUCGAGAAGCUAAAACAAAAUUCAUAUUUGACCCAGAGAGCGGAAAUGUUGAAUUGGAACAGAAGCUUCCCAUGUCUUGGCAUGCAUUCAAUGAAACUCCUAAAUUUGAAGAAAUCCCAGAAUACAGAGCACUGAAUGAGCUACAGUCUUACUUUGUUAUGUCCAACUUCACAUUCUGGAAUAUCUUUUAUAAAUACAGGACACUGUUAGACCCAGCAUGUUGGCUGCCACCAUUCAAAGCUGAUGCUAUGAUAGCAGGAACUCAGCAUUUCAUGACAUUUGACAGAAAAUUUUUUGAGUUCCAAGGAUCAUGUUCCUACUUGCUUGCUCAAGAUUUUGUAGAUAGGAACUUCUCUCUCGUAAUCACAUACAGCCCUAACAGUAAGGUGAACACUCAUGAGCUUGCACUCCUUAUAGAUAAACAAGUGGUGCAAGUGAAUGUGUUUGAAAAUUCUGUGAAAGUCCAGAAAGAGGGUGUCAGACAGCUACCAAUUGCAAUAGAAGACACAUACAUCUAUCAAGAAGCAGAAAUGCUGAUGAUAGAAAGUGCCCGUGGGUUUUCCAUCCAAUGUAACUUCAAGUUUGAUGUUUGUACAUUUACUUUAUCUGGUUGGUAUUUUGGUAAAACUGCAGGUGUUUUUGGAACUAUGGAUAAUGAACCAAGCACUGAUUUCCUUACACCCAGAAAAACAAUAGAAACUGAUUUAGGCAGAUUUGCGAGGAGUUGGGCUUUGGAACCACAGAAAUGUGUUUCUUCAAAGAACUUUGCUCUGCAGCUUUCACAGACUGACCCUGAACUUUUAAAUCUGUGUGAAUCUUUUUUCAAGUCUAAGACAUCACAGUUCAGUUCUUGUUUUCCUGUUAUUGAUCCUAUGCCUUUCCUGAAAAUGUGUCUCAACAGCAGAGGGUUGGACAGUAAUGAUGUAUGCAUCACAGCUGUUGCCUACCUGCAAGCAUGCCUCAUGGAGAACACUCCUCUCAGGAUUCCUGACAUAUGUGUCAAGUGCCAGCUGGUAAAUGGAACAGAAUUGGUGGAAGGAGAUUUUUGUCACUUGAAGAAUAAUGCAAUCCCACAAUCAACGGACAUUGUGUUCAUAAUAGAAGCCAAAGAUUGUAACAGAAAUAUAAAAGACAGAAGAAACAUGGAUUCUCUGACUUCUUUACUGUUAAAGGAACUUACAGAAUUGAAAAUAACGUCUAAUAGGUUUGCAGUUGUAGUAUUUGGAGGAGAUGGUGUUCUUGAUAAACCUCGUAGCAUUGUGAUCAACGGUAAUGUCUUCACAGAUCCUCAAAAUCUUCCACACUAUUUGGAGAAUAUUCCAACAGGUAACGGAAGUGCAGAUAUUUUUGGAGCAAUCCGUUACGCUGCCAAACUGCUGUUCAGACCAGGCGUCUCCAAGACUUUCAUCCUUCUGCCAUGCACAAACUGUGAUCCAGCUAAUUCUACUGUUGACUACACAGUCCUACAUCAGGCUCUUGUGGAGAAUGACAUCACCCUUCAUAUUCUGAUGAAUGAUGAAUUCAUAUUUGAAAAGGACAGGUUGAAUAAAAUAUUCUAUGGCAUGGAUGGAUUAACUGCGUAUACAAAGAAGGAUGUAAAAUCUCUCAAAGGAUCUACUGAACUCCGAAGACAAGUUAAACUUCCUAAAGCUAUGUUGGGAUACUGCACACCUCUUGCAUUGGAAACAAAUGGUACUGUUUUCACGGCAAGGAAGCUUCUGUCAGAGAAAAAGAAUGCUGUAAAGAAGUUUGCAACUGUGUUUGCAAAGCGUGUUGCCCGCACAGCUCGGCCCUCUUCAUGUCAGAUUUGUGAAUGCACAGCAGAUAAUAAUGGGAUGAGUUACAUGGAAUGCUUUCCAUGCGAGUAUCCAUCUCCAUCCUCCAUUGAUUAUGAUUUCAGUGAAGAUGCAACAUUUCAACUGACAGGUGAUGAUUCUUAUGUGCAUUAUGAAGACUCAGAAGAAGACUCCAGAGAUUUAUAAAAAUAUAUGAACUAGAUGCUCAGCUGUACACAGUUAUAAGUUAUUUAAACAAAAUUAUAGAAUAUCAUAAAUAUAUAAUGAGACAUUUGAUCUUCCUUAGCCAACACUCUCUUAACCACAUCACUACUGCCUUAAAUGCAUUUUAUUUGAGAAGUAGAGGGGGACAGAAAUUAAAAGGUAUGAUUAACCAUGAAAAAUACACAGUCAUAAAGUCAGUGAUUACAGAUAAAAAAGAAAAGACGAAUAUUCUGAUGAAACAGACAAUUUAGAAGGCAAGCUAUGGUGAUCUGUUCAGCCAGCAAAGGAGCAUUCUGUUAUGUAGCACAGGAAAAUUUACUUCACUGGAGUGAAGUGUGGAGACUGAUGUAAGGAACUGACACCAUCACAAAUAAAAAUAUGGCUGAUUACUAAACAAAUUUAGAUUGUUUUAAUAAUUUAAGUUACAUUUAUUAUUGUGUUUAAAGAUUAUGGUUGUACAGCAUUGUGGUAGUUAUACACACACAAUUAUGAGUAUUUAGUGUACGAAUUUCUGUUUAUAUUUGUUUUAUUUAUUGUUUCUUUAAACGGCCUCUGGAUUAGCUAACAUUUCAGUUAACUACCUGUCACUCAGGUGUGCAAGUGGGAGUCCACUGCUUUUCCGAUUACAUAUUACUUUCAUUUGUGUUAUGUUCUUCAUGCAUAUUUUACAUUUCCAAGUGGUAUGACUCUGUUCGAUCAUUAAUGUGAUGCAAGGAUUAGGUUUAGAAAAUAAGUUUUGUAGUCCACUGAAAUGUGUGCUUAAACAUACUUGCAUAGUUUUGUGCCUUCAAGAAUUGUUCACAUGUAGAAGUAAAAAUGAUGUUUUAUUAUAUGUUGCAGUAAAGUAUUUUAAUAAUGUUGCAUACACAUAUUGGUAACUUACAAACAUAGUUUUCGAGUGCUAUUUUUUUUCUCAUUGGUAGUCAUGUAGUUUUCAUUGUAAUUGGCAUGUCUUAAUAUUAAUUUAUGUAAAUGUUAACACCUUGUUUUUAUACUGUAUUUCCAGAUCAUGUGCUGGGGCAGAUUUAGUCAAGGUUAUACACGUUUUGAUCUGGGAGUAUGGGGAAUGAAACAUCAAUAUAAACAAAAUUUGACACAGUGA